AGCCCUACAGUUCUAUUUACAUUGUCCUGCGUAAUUUGUCUCUUCGACUAUACCUUAAUCACACACGUAAGUCAUGUUCGGCAAAUUCAUUCGCGUCAGUUGAGCCAAGAAAACUAAGGAAUGUCCGAAAAAUCAUCUUUAGCAAUAGGAAGACCAGCACGAAAAUGUCGGAAAGCAACUUACACGUCAGUCCUCUACAAAAAACAUAAAGCGAAGGAAAAAGAAAGUCAGGUAAGAGCGAUCCUGAAGAAGAACCAUGCAGACAGGAGUACAGAGGAGGAACAAAUAAUCAAACAAAACAAAAAGGUUGUCAAGAUUCUCGAGAAGAGGGUGCAGCUGAGGGAGCUUAAUCGUCAGAAAUCACAAGAGGUUGAAGAUUCUGUCGGGGAACUUGAAAUUAAGGUAGCAGAGCUUGCAGAAGAAGUCCAACGUGCAGAAAACUUAGUCAUCUACACAGGAGCUGGUAUAAGCACAGCAGCCUCUAUACCCGAUUACAGGGGACCAAAUGGAGUAUGGACAUUGCUACAGCAGGGAAAAGGGAGCGAACUUCAGAACAGCUCGUUGGUAGAUGCAGAGCCAACCCUAACUCACAUGGCACUAGCCAGGUUGGUGGAGGAAGGCAUGGUGAAACAUAUCGUAUCCCAGAAUUGUGAUGGGCUUCACUUCAGAAGUGGUGUUCCCCCGGACAGGUUAUCUGAGCUCCAUGGCAAUAUGUACAUUGAGGUGUGCACUGAGUGCGAGCCAGAAAGGCAAUAUGUCCGACUCUUUGAUGUGACGGAGCAGACAUCGCUUCGUCGGCACAAGACGAGCCGAGAAUGCCACAAGUGCAAGGAACCCCUCCGAGACACCAUAGUGCACUUUGGUGAGAAGGGAGUGAUAGAUAAACCCUUGAACUGGUCCGGUGCCAUGGAUGCCGCAGAGGAUGCUGAUGCCAUACUGUGUUUGGGAUCCAGUCUGAAAGUUCUGAGGAGAUACCAGUGCCUUUGGAGCACAGACAGACCAAAGAGCCAGAGACCAAAGUUAUUCAUCGUCAAUUUACAGUGGACACCAAAAGACAGUCAGGCAUCCCUGAAGAUCCAUGGCCGAUGUGAUGAUGUGAUGGCACUACUCAUGAAGCACCUCAAUCUUUCAAUACCUCUCUACACAAGGAAGAGCGAUCCCAUCUUCAAGAUGGCCGCUCCCAUCAAGCCCCAUGAAGAGGGCAGCUACUUGACAAGAUCCCUCUUGGACACGAGGUUGAACUCUGAAUCCUUAAACCUCAAUGUGAACAGUGUCAUCAAGACUGAACAAGACAACUCUGCUAAUAACCUUGCAUCAAGUGCACUCUCACAAAAACCAAAGUCUGAUUGUGCCUCGGAAGGAAAUUACAACGACAGUGAAGAUACCGAGGAUUAUGAAAUGGAGAUUCCUGUUGCGUUACCAUCACUAGAGGGCGGUGUUGAGGGAGAAGGGAAUAUGCCUGGCUGGUUUGGAAAAGGAUGCAGGAAGAAGGUGGUAAGGAAAGUUGGAAAGAAGAGGCGGCGAUCAAGAGUGUCCAGCGUCGAGAUAGGGACUUGAUUGUCGGAGGGGGCAAGUUUAAUGUCAGACUUGUAAAAUAAAUCAUAAAACAGAGAUAGUAGUAAAUAUUCUCAGGUUAGAUUUAGCUGCUGCCAUUUUUCUAAAACUUCCAUCUUUUUUUAUAGUCAAGAACAUAGUUAUGAAGAAGGACAGAUAACGUGUAUUGUUUUUCAUCACCAGAGUGGCCAAUUUGAUGUCAAAGAAAUUGUAAAAUCAUCCACAAAACAAACCUGUCAACAUCCCUACUUUAUGUAUCGUUCCUGUUGUAUAUUAACAAAACUUACAUCAUUUUUAAUAUUUUGUUUGAACAAAAAUCAGUGGGAUAGCAAAUUUAUUGUGUUUCUGAGUGGAAAAAAUUAACCUUUUUUUAGAUAAAUCUGCAAAUUAAAAAAA